ACAAAAACAAAAAGGAUAUAUGUAAACAACAAAAUCCAUUCAGGUAUUCACUCAAUUCAAAUAAAUCAUCAAAUUCCCAACAAAAUAAAGAUUCAAAGAUUCUUUAAUCCUUCAUCCUUUUUUCUCCCAAAGAUUUUCUUGAAUUGGAUGUAAAUACAUAUAUUUUUCUAUACAUUUUAUCCUUAAAUAAAAUUAAAAAUCAUGCUUAGAAGCAUACAAUUUAUUGGUUCUUCAUGUAUGUUUCUUUUUCAUAGAUUAAAGAUUCAUAAAAAUUAUAACUUUAUUUCAAAAUCAUCAUCAUUAUCUUGUUGUUCAAGAACAAGACCACCACCCCUUUUACUAACAAAUUCUUCAAGAACCCCUUGUUUUCGACAUUUUCGAGCUACUUCGAUUCGUUCGGAAUCAAGCCCAGAUGUCAUUUCAUCAUCUUCAUCUCCUACUUUUAGAACAACUGGCAGUCCCCGUAAGAUUAAUUUCUGUCAGUCAUGUGGUGGCCCAACAAAAUACGUAAUACCAGAGGGAGAGGAGAAAGAACGAGCAGUUUGUACCCUUUGUGGAAAAAUAUUAUACGAGAAUCCAAAAAUGGUUGUUGGAUGCUUAAUUGAGCAUGAUAACAAAAUCUUGCUAUGCAAGCGGAAUAUCCAACCUUCUUAUGGUCUUUGGACUCUACCAGCGGGUUACAUGGAGGUCGGGGAGUCAGCUACUGAAGGAGCAGUUAGGGAGACGUGGGAAGAAGCAGGGGCAAAAGUGGAAGUUCUUUCCACUUUUGCUCAGUUAGACAUCCCUCUCAUAGGCCAAAGUUACAUAAUAUUCUUGGCGAAGUUGCUGACGCCACACUUUUCACCUGGCCCCGAAUCAUCAGACUGUCGACUUUUUGCACUUGACGAAAUCCCUUAUGAAUCUCUUUCCUUUUCGUCAAUGCUUGUUACCUUGAACUUGUACAUCGAGGACAUCAAGGUCGGAAAACCCAAGUAUCACUAUGUGAUCAUCAACAAGAGGCCUGGAACGGGUCCUUCAGAAAUUCAUGCAUUUACUCUUGGCUACCAUAUGCAGACUUGACAGAAGACCAAUGAAAGUUGAGUUGGUUUUCAUUUUGCAAAAUGUGACUCCAGCUUUCGCCCCAUGACAAUGCCCAAACUGGCCCUGAUGUAAAGUUGUAUAUUAGGACGGUGGAGUGUUUCUAAACUUGUAGUGUUUGUAAAGCUUUCUUAACCAGGGAUGAUUUCAUUUUGAUCAAUCAUCAGGAAGGUUACAGAAGUCCGAGAAAUUCUUUCAGAAAUAUAUGAACUUUUGUUUUCAA